AUGAAACUGCUUCCGAUCGCAAGAGAAUGUCUCGACAAUGCCCAAAACGUCUCUUCGGCCAUUAGAAACAACUUCCAAGCGUGUUCGGAGAUGUCACGUCUACCCACACUGCCAAACGAUACUCGCUGGCUGAAUGGACUCAAAUGUCUUGUGGAUGUUACAGAACUGAGCAAAGAAAUUCUUGAUUUAGUGUCGAAAUUGUCUCUGAAAGGCAGAACAUCAAUGUAUUGGCUUAACGAUCAUCCUGAAUACGUCAAUGCAGUUCUCCACAUCUUGAAACCACUUCUGACCUACUCAAUCGAUUUUCAAAGACAAGACGAAGUCACAAUACACCGUGUUCUUCAUGCCUAUAAAGUCAUAUUGAAUAAAUGGUCGGCAUACAAGGAUCGGGACUUUACAAAGAUCGUGGACAAGGAUAUUGUGGAUUUGGAUCUGAUUGAAGCCAUGGCCACAUCUGGUCUCAAACCUCUCCAACAUUAUUAUUCACAGUUUGGGACCCAUCAUUAUGGAGCAACAUUGCUAUCUCCCCGUACAAAGCAUAUGAAGAACUUUACGAAAGAAGAAAGAAAAAGAGCUGUAAGCUACAUCAGUGAAAUGUUGCCAAAGGAUCUGAUCGACCUCAAUGUUGACACGACAGAAGUUCCUGAGUAUAUUUUGGAAAUGAGCGAUAACACUGAGAAAGCAACGACUCAUAGCGAACUGAAAAGGUGA